UUUAAUUGAGCAUUAUUUGGAAAUAAAUAAUUGAAUAAUAACUUUGUUGCGUGUACUUCAGUGUUACUUGUGCAUUAUUUUUAUAUUAACAAAUUUUUUAUCUCAUCAUUAUCAUUGUUGUGUUUACAUCAUGGUUUUGACAAAUUUUCUUAAGUGUUCCACGCCACGCAGAACUCCUCGCAGUUCAGCAAAAAAGUCAUCAAUCAAAAAGCGUAUUGAGAAUUUUGACAAAUCAAAUAUUAAAGUUGUGGUCAGAUGUCGACCACCUAAUGAGAAAGAAGUUGCUAGCAACCACACUAAUAUUAUCAAAUUCUUAAAUGAUCAAAUGUUAAUAUUUGAUCCUAAGCAGGAUGAAGAACAAUUUUAUUUCCAUGGUGUUCGCCAAUUAGCCCGAGAUGUCACAAAACGUCCAAACAGAAAUUUGAAUUUUUUGUUUGACAGAGUGUUCAAUUUUGAAGCGACAAAUAGUGAUAUUUAUGAACAAAGUAUAAAUGAUAUUCUAGAUUCAAUCAUGGAUGGUUACAAUUGUUCUGUAUUUGCUUAUGGAGCCACAGGUGCUGGGAAGACUUUUACAAUGUUGGGAAAUGAAGCAUCUCCUGGAAUUUCUUAUUUAACAAUGGUGGGGUUAUUUAACAGGAUGAACUCACACAGCGAUCGAUCAUUUAAGUUGAUUAUAACAUAUGUAGAGGUGUAUAAUGAGAUUGUGAGAGAUCUUCUGAAGCCUUCUCUGCAGUUGCAUCUUAGGGAAGAUCGUGGAAAUGUUUUAUUGUCAGGAGUGAGUGCACAUGUUAUCUCAAGUGCUGAAGAAUUGAUUGCCCUGUUGAAUAAAGGAAAUUUGAAUCGCACACAACAUCCUACGGAUGCAAAUUCUCAAAGCUCUAGAAGCCAUGCUGUUUUUCAGAUUCAUAUGCAUAUGAAGAACAAUACUACUGGUGUUGUUCAGCAAAUGAAGUUGUCCAUGAUCGAUUUAGCGGGAAGCGAAAGAGCGAGUGCCACUUCGGGUCUCGGAAUGAGAUUUAAAGAAGGCGCUAAUAUAAACAAGUCCUUGUUAGCUCUCGGAAAUUGCAUUAAUAGCUUAGCUGAUGGACAUAGUCACAUUCCAUAUAGAGAUUCCAAGCUUACUAGGCUUCUUAAAGACAGUUUAGGAGGUAACUGUAAGACAGUUAUGAUAGCAAAUAUAUCACCAUCAAGUUUAAGUUCUGAAGAUACCUAUAAUACUUUGAAAUAUGCUACAAGAGCAAAGAGUAUACAAACUGUUACCAGUAGUAACAUAGUUCGUCAAAAGAAAGACCUUGCCUAUUAUGUAGAACGUGUUAAAAUGUUGGAAUUGGAAAAUGAAAAACUGAAGAAAAAAAUUGAUACUUCAGACUCUAACCAUGCUGUAAGAAAACAAAUCAAGUUUGGUGUACCAAAAGUUGUUACCUUAUCUAAUUCUAUACGAGAGCAAUUUGCAAGAUUGAUUUGUUCUCAAGAAAGUUUAUUACAAGUUCUGAGAGCCAAAAGAUUUUUAGAAUAUAGAAGCAAACUACAUCAAGAUAUUUCUGAAAUUGUGAAGAAAAUCUAUCCAGAAUUUAUUAAGAAUGUGGAAACUAUGCAAUUAAAUUCAGCGAACAGAUUUCAUCAAGAAUGUUCUGGCCUUGAAUCCAAGUUUAAUUCAUUAGUAUUAGGUCACAAUCAAAACUACAUUAAGUUGAAAGAAUCUAUUCAAAGAAACCAAACUGAUGAUGUUGCUGUUGAGAAUCAAGUUUUAAAACUCAAUUUUCAGGCCAUGGCUAUUCAAUUAAAGCAUACUUUAAAAUUAUUACAUUUUGAGAGAAAAUUGUUUUUAGACACAUUCUCUACCUCCACAAGGAAGAUAUUAGAAUAUUCUAAUAUUCUGAGAACAAAUAGUUUGCUUACGUCACAAAUGGAGGAUGAAGUAAUAAAAUCAAUAUCAUGUUAUAUAAAUUAUUCUAAUUUGGCAUCAGGGGAAAGUGAUAGUAAUUUUGCGAAUGGAAAUUUAAUUAGAAUAUCUUCCUUAGCUAUUGAAGAAGUGCCUUCUCUUAAUUCUACCAUAACAUUGAGUGAUAAUAAUGAGCAUGAAGAUAGAAAACAAAGGCUUACUUUUGAAACUCUAUGUGAUGAAUGUAUUAAUGAAAUCUGUAAAGUCAACAAUAAGUUAGGUGACAAAAUGCUAGAUAAAUCUGAUAGCAGUAUGCAUAGUGAUCUUCAAAAUGUGAGCCACAUAGAGCAACCAUCUACACAAACCACCUAUUUGAUUCCUGCAAAACCUGUUAGAUUGAAAUUGAAUUCACAAAAGGUUAUUACAAAUUCACAGAGGUCACAAGUUUUAACUGACCCAUCAUCUAAAAGCAAUAGUGCUAUAACAGGCAAAAGUCACAUAAAGUUAUUCAAAACUCCUAUAGGAACUCCAUUGCAAAAUCACAAAGAAAAUAAAGAAAAUGUGUUGAGAAAAAAUACACUUAAAACAUCUAAAUCCCAUGGAACAAUGGGCACUUCGUCAAGAUUCCCGACUUUAAGUAAUAAUUCUUCAAUAAAAACGAAAGUCACUGCUACAACUCAAGGAACUGUAAAAAAAUGA